GAUAAGGAAUUGAUUACAUUUCAGUUGAGCUUGCUGAUAAAAAAUCAUAUAAAUUGCCGUUAGUCCAAGUCAUUUUAUUAUGUUUAGUGUUUACUCGUUUCACUUACUACCAUGAGAGGUAUAACUCUGCUAUUAGUUUGCUUCAUUGCAUCGACUUUUGAGAAAACAGUGUUGGGAGUAACUUGCCCUGAUGGAUUACCAUGCGAGGGAGGAGCUUGCUGCCGUAAACUAUUUCUUGGACGCUCACAUGACUGCUGCAGAUCUGGAUAUCAAUGUGUUAGAUCGUUUGGAAUAGGUGCAUGUGUUGUCUCUGGUCCUCCAAAAAAAGAAAUAGGCAUACCUAAAAUCAUUCCCGAAGAGCAAGAUUAUGAAAAUCAGGAAAGAAAUAUUUUGAAUAGCUUAAAUUUGAUUCAAAAUCUUAUCGACCAAAUGGAUGGUGAAUCUCAAAAUAUUCCGGAAGGACAAGAUUAUGAGCAACAGGAAAAAAAUAUGUUACAGUUCUUAAGUGCAAUUGAAGAACUGGCUCAUCAAAGUAAUGAGAAAAUUAUCCCCAUGAGAACUGAUAUUUCAAAUGAGGAAGAUGAUGAGGAUGAAGAUGAUGAGGAAACUCAGAGAGGUCCUAACAAAUUGCCCAUUAGACGAGCAUUUUGGUUCUUCAAAAUACUAGUGAAACUGAUACCAAAAAUACUGCCAAAAAUAAUACCAAAAAUACUGCCAAAGGUGAUACCAAAAAUACUGCCAAAGGUGAUACCAAAAAUACUGCCAAAAGUGAUACCACCAAUAGUACCAGAAACAUCCCGAGAAAAUAUCCAAGCAAUGGAUAGGUUCAUUUCAGCCAUUGGAAAUCAUGAUUAAAACGGUGUCAAGUAAUAAAGUCAAAGUUAAAAUUUGCUCUUGAAGAAUGACCUUUAUU